AUGUACAUGCCAUCGUUGAUACCGCGGGAUAUCCACCAUCUCUGGAUCCAAAAGGACGGUCAAGCCAUCAAGAAGAAAGAAGGCCAGAGAAAUAAUCAGCUCAGAAAUCCAUUCUUAAAUGAUGAUCAGACACAUAGAAGAAGACCACAUUUUGCACCACCAUUAUCAGCUUAUUCUUCUGAUAGACCGGGGACUAUGUACUCUCAGGGCGCUAACUCUUUAGAUAUCAAUGAUCCGAUGUUUGAUAUAGAAGUACGGAUGGAUGCUUUAAGAUCAUUGAGAAGUUUAGGACAUGAUUAUUUAGCACCAAUUGGUAUUGAUAGAACUCAAAAAGCCAUAGAUGAGGAACGUGAGAUGAGAAGACAAAUGGAAGAACAACAUAGAUCUGAAGUUCCAACUGCUGAGAAUUUGAUGGGUGAAGGUGAAGCUGUUGAAGAAGAAGAAGAUGUAAUUGCAAUAGAUGAACUUGAGCAAGAAGAGCAACAACAACAGCAACAACAACAGCCUGGUAAUAAUGUCAUAGAGGAAGAGGAAGAAAUCAGAGGUGAGUCAGGAGGAGAACAACAACAACAAGGUGAUCAACAAAACGAAGAUACACAACCUACUGAAGAAGUUAAUUUAGAUGAUGAUAUUCCAGAAGCUGAAGAAAAUUCAUAUGAUCAUAUUUAUGAUGAAGCCGAUGAACCUGAAGAUAGAGAUGUAAUGUAUGAAGGAGACUCAGCAUUUGAACGUCAAUACGAUGAAGGAUUCAUGGUUUCUGAAGAAUAUCAAGAAGUUGACUCUGCAGAAGAAGAAAUUAGAACUGUUGAUACACCAAGAAUUGAAGAACGUUAUCAAAGAUUUAUGAGACAUGAUUUCCAAACACCAAAUUCAACAAGUACUUCAAAUACAAAUGGUGGUAAUAAUACUGCAAAUGAAAACAGUGGUAAUGCAAAUUCAAGUUUCAUUAAUGAUAAUAAUAUAAAUAGAGGAAAUGUUUCAAUUUCUUCAAAUUUUUCACAUUCAAAUAUUCAACAUGAUACAUUUAAUGAUACAACUACAAGUACACAUCCAGGUGAUGUUUCAGUUAAUGAGAGUGAUCUGGAUAUGGUUAUUGAUGAUGAAUAA